CUCUCUUUCUCUUUCCUUCUAACGUCUCUCAAUAUUUAUUGUAAUUUUCAAGUUUUGAAAACUUCUUGGUCUGGUACUGCUUUUCUGCUCUGCAUUCUGCCAUAUAUCUUGAGAUUCAGUGCACCACUGCACUGCCUUGAGAUCCCUAUCUAUCUCUCACCGUUUAUAACAAAACCAUAAUAAUAUUCAAUCACUAUACUAGUACUAGUAGAGUAGUAGUUGACACCUUUUGAUGGUGAUGGUUUAGUCUCUUUCACAUCACAAGCAAGGUACCUCUUCUCAUUUUACUUGUUUUUGGACCUCACUCCAUAAUAGAAUGUACCAGUACUUAGUCCUUUUCUUUUAUAUCUAUAGUAGUCCUUUAAUUUCUUAAUCCAAACAUCCACACUUUCUCUCCCCCUCACUCAUUCCAUUUUUACUUAGAUUCCUUUGAGUGUGUUUGCGUAUGAGUAAGACUCAACGCAACUGACAUUUCAGGAAAAACUUUCCUCCAGUUGCUUUGGUGUUUUUUGUCUUGGAAAGCCAAAUUUUUCCGUUAAACGUACUUUGGACGUGUUUCCAAACACUCUUUGUGUAGUUAGUUUUAGUGGAGAAAUGGAACCCCAGAAAAGUCUAUUAAUGGAUGAAAGCUUAUGUGAUAUUUUCAAAGACACAGAAUUUGGGGACACACACUUUGGUGGAGGGGAUCUCUUUUCCAUUUUGGAGAGCAUAGAUGACUUGAAAGAUUUUCCUCCCACCAACAACAAUGAAGCUGUUAUUGGCCGAACUUCAAAAGAAAAUGAGCAAAAUUCAAGAAUGGUGUCCCAAAAGGUUUUAAUAUCUUCAAGUGCCCCACAAGAUUCUGAAACUGAGCAUGAAAUCUCACCCAAAAGCAAGAGACAAAAGCUUCGUUCCACAUCGCCAGAGGAACUACAGAAGGUGUCUCACAUAACCGUGGAGCGCAACCGAAGAAAGCAAAUGAAUGAGAACCUGUUGGUCUUGAGGUCUCUUAUGCCUUCCUUUUAUGUCAAACGGGGAGACCAAGCAUCAAUAAUUGGAGGCGUGGUUGAUUACAUCAACGAAAUGCAGCAGCUGCUGCAGUGCCUAGAGGCCAAGAAACAAAGAAAAGUUUACAUUGAAGUCCUAAGCCCUAGGCUAGUUUCAAGCCCAAGGCCCUCACCACUGAGCCCUAGAAAACCACCCUUGAGCCCUAGAAUAAGCCUCCCCAUUAGUCCAAGGACUCCACAACAACCUAGUAGCCCUUACAAGCCCAGGUUGCAGCCAGGAUACCUUUCCCCAACCAUAGCCAACUCUCCUACUUCUUCAGCUUCUUCUUCCAUCAAUGAUAAUAUUAAUGAGCUUGUUGCUAAUUCAAAGUCCAUUAUAGCUGAUGUUGAGGUCAAGUUUUCAGGUCCACAUGUGCUUCUGAAGACUGUGUCACCACCAAUUCCUGGCCAGGCCAUGAGAAUAAUAUCAGCUCUUGAAGACCUAGCACUAGAAAUCCUCCAUGUGAACAUUAGCACUGCUGAUGAAACCAUGCUAAACUCAUUCACUAUUAAGAUUGGAAUUGAAUGCCAACUCAGUGCUGAAGAACUCGCUCAACAAAUCCAACAAACAUUCUGCUAAAGAUGGCUUCCAGACUUUAGAACACGCAUCAGACCAUUUUAGUGUGUUGUUUAAUUUGUACGUACGUAGCUGCAUUAAUAAUAGAGAAGAUUGGGAACAUCCAUUUAACUAGUUACUAGCAUUUUCAGUUCAAUUUCUUUCUUUUGACUAAUUAAAUAUAGUAAAUUUAAUUUAGUGUAAUUGGUCAUCUGUGUCUUGGUACGUAUAUAUAUGGUAUGAUUCUAUUGAUGUAA